AUGGUACCCAUGAAAUCUUGGUCAUGGCCAUUGCUGGUGUCAUUCAUGCCUGAAAAUUUUGAAAACAUACUGCAUUAUGUUUGUAUCAAUCUAAAAGAUGCCAAUGGUUAUGUGGUUACCAUUGUUAUUAUUCAAAAAGUUAGGAUUGUUCAUUCCAAUAUAGUUUAUACUUUGUCUGUUUUCAGUGAACCAACUACUUCUUCGGUAACUGUGGUUUGUCAACAAGAAGUGCUUUCUGAACAAGUGGUUUGUCAACAAGAACAGAAUGAUUGGAAUACCAUUCAGAUAAUGUUAGAAAAUCUGACUGUCCCUAACAAUUCCAAGUCAUUUGAAAUUUCAUACACAGUUAAAGAACUCGGUUCUCCAGUGCAAGUUUACUGUGAAGCUAACAGUAGUGAAGGAAACCAGUAUCUUCUUUCCACAUCAAGGGGAUAUCCAACACGUUUUCAACAAAAUCAAGUAUUUCUAAAUUUUCAUCCUUCAACCCUUAAAGUGAAAACUCUAUCAUUUCAGGUGUAUUUAAGUUACACAACUCUUAUUAUUGAAGAUAUUAUGAACUCUAUAAUCCAAUGUGAUGUGGUGACAAUAGAUUGCUCUCAAAGCAUUGCAGCAGUCUCAAAAUGUUUUCCAGUUCCAUCUGUGGCAAACAACACAUUUAAUGUUAGCAGUGAAAUUCAAAAGAAAAUUUCUGACAAUGUUUGGGAACUUGAUGAAAGAAUUUUUAAGGUUAACAAUGAACCAUUUUAUAAAUUAUUACAACUAAGAAGAACAAGUAUUGCAGAGGUUGACAUAAAAGAAACAGUGGAAAUGAACUGCUUUGUGGUCUCGGUACCAAAUAUAAAUGCAACCUUCAAAGCAUUUGUCUCUUUAAAACCUUCUGUUGAAUAUAAUAUAUCAAGUAUCAGUUUACAACUAGAAGCACAUGCGUUAAACAAUAUCGACCCUCUAAGUAAGAACUUUGUGCCAUGUUCUUGUGAUUUGAAAGUGAUGAUGUGUGACAUCAAUUGUUGCUGUGAUUCUGAUUGCCAAGAUUUCCAAGAAUUAAACUUUAAUCAGUGUCCUAAAGAAGAUAUGGAGAAAAUUCUCUUGGCUCACUUAUGUGAAACACAAAUGUCCUUGAACAUAGGUUUUGAUUUAAAUUCUUGGUUCUGUGUUGAGAGGAAAGAUAAUGCUUUCCUUGGUAUAUACUACAGCAACCAUCCGGUUAUUCUUAAUCCCACAUCUUUCAGAGAAAUAUGGUCUGAGACUUAUUCUUACAGAGAAAAAAAUACUCCUCAAAGUUCUUUGAAUGAAGGAAAUGGAAAUCUGAUAACUAAUGGUCAUCCCUCAGCAACUAAUUAUUUGCCUCAAAAGAUAUUUAGUGGUCAAUGCAUUACAUCAGCUCCUCUCCCUUUCCUUGUAAAUAUAACUUCUGAUUGCACUUCUUACAUAGACAAUGACAUCUGUUCAAAAAGUUUGGUAUUGAGUGCUACGUCUUAUGUUCUGCCAACCUCACUAAUUGACUCAAAUUGUGUUACACCUUCGAAUAAUGUUCUUACUGAUGUUAAUUACUUCUGUGCUAAAAAUGUAAAUUUCUAUGUAAAAACCGAUAACACUGCAGUCAAUGAUUGGAAAGAAGACUUCAAUAAAUCUGUAAAUAAAAACAAACUUUUUGAAACCCGUUGUUCUUGGGAUGACAGUUAUACAAAACCCCCUGUUCCUACUGUUAGAAAAAGGCAAAAUGAAGUAUUUUGUGAUAAUGUUGUCCUUCACGUUAAUUAUCAGUUUACAUGGAACAAAACAGGAAUUACUUUCUUAAAUGUAUCAAUUAUUCUCGGAAAUGUUUCUAUAUCCAAAAUUAAUCAAAGCAUGGAAGAAAGAAAUGUAUCUAAAACCGGAUCAAAUAAUAAUAACACCUGCCUAAAUGAAAGCAUCACUCAUUUAACACAGCAUUUUAAAGUGUCUUACAUUAACGAUUAUAACCAAUCUGAGAGUAAACCUGAAAACAGUGAAUCAGAAAAUCCAGGUUAUCUUCCUGGCCGACCAAUUCAGAGUGGAAUCAAUAUUGUCAACAACACAAAAUCCUUUUUUAUUGACCAAAACAUAACUCAACAAAUAUUUGUUUGGAAUCCAGAUCCUUCUGGCUUUUGUGCUCUUGCUGGCAAGAGAUGGAUUAUGUUUGGUGAAGAUAUUUAUUCCAGUUGUUUUGUUCCUUUGAAACAAGUUGGUAAUUGUGAAACAUUAAGAAAAGAAGUUCUCUAUUUGCUGAACCAACUAAUCCCAGCUGAUAGAAUUGGACGUUUUCAACAUAAUGAUGGAAGCAUUGAAUCCCACUGGAUUAAUAUACUUAGGCCAAAUAUCUCUGAAAUAUUUCCUGAUACAUCAAACAGUAGUAAUUCUUCUAGAAAUAUCAAUAAUAAUUCUAACCAAACCAAUAUUUUUCACAACAUUUUAAUGCCAGUAACAACAUCAAAUGCCACACCAAACUCAGAGAUUCAAGCCAGUUCUUGUGAUUUAAUGCCAGUUGGUAUUAAACUGGACAUAAUGUAUGCACAUACUGGGUAUGUUCAUGGCACAGUGAUCAACGAAAUUAUUGGAGCAAAAAUGAGCUAUUUUUAUAAAAACUGGACUUUUCAUUGCAAUGACUUGCAGUUAGUGUCCUGUUUUAUCAAACCAAAUAUCAAAGCAGAAACCAAAGAAGAUUCCCAACUGUUUACCCUGUCCGUUGCAGUUAAUUUUAUUCAUGUUCCACCCAUACCACCUAAACCAACAAUAAGGAAUUAUGAUUUCUACAAAAUAAAACAGUGCUGGAUGAACAGCUGUUGGCAAGAAAUCCUCUAUCCUUUAACAAUUCAAAAAACAUUCGAUGAGUAUGCUUAUAAUUUGGUCACAUAUCUCACGUUUCUCUUCAUCUCAUUCCUUACCAUAACACAAUCUUGGUUACUAUUGGACUUCUAAAAUUCAUAAAAGCUCAGUAAAAGAGUCUUUAGUUGACACCAAUAAACAGUAUUUUAGUUGAAAGCAUAUGGCCUAGUGAUUAAGCUCUUUGGCUCAUGAUCAUAAUGAUGUAGGUUCAGUUGCUCAGCUAGGCAGUGUAUCCUUGGACAAGGCACUUCAUGUUUCCAUUCAACUGGAAAUGAAGUACCAGUUUCAUACUGGUAUGCUUCUCUCUUUUUGGCUGUCACCUCCUGGAUAUUCCUUUCGGUCAAAAAAACUGGAGUCUUGAGAGAGUUAAUAGUUGCUUGUGACUAAAUGAAUAGCAAAAGCAUGGUACCAAGUGAUACUCAUUCACAGGUAAUGGCUGGCCCUAAGUAUUUUAAGCUGCUUUUAAAAUUUAAUUACUGAGUGAUCUUGUUAAAUUUUUUGGUAAUUAUUAUGCUGGCCUAUAAAGUAAUUCCAUAUUCAACCCCAACUCCUCUACAAACUUGUCUCAAACAUCAACCAAACAAAACAACAGAUUCUGAUCACCAUUUCUAGUUUGUUCUUACCAACCAUUUCAAUGUUUUCCUUUCUGUAUGAAUCAGCCCUAAGGGGGGGGGGGUGACUAAUUACUUUAAGUCUCUUCCCAAAGACCAUCAGAGACUUGCUCUCUUAAUGUUUCAUGUUGUUGUUGAAAAGUGGAGGUGCAAUGGCUCAGUGGUUAAGGCAACAGACUCGCGGUCAUAGGAUCACAGUUUCGAUUUCCAGACCGGCCGUUGUAUUUGAAUGAAAAAACACCUAAAUCUCCAUGACACUCCAGC